UGAAGCUGCGACAUGGAGAUCAAACUAAGAAAUUCUUCCAGCGUUUAACAGUGAAACUAGACAUUGCAGACAGACAGGCAAAAAUGGAUUCGUGAGAUUACUGACUUUCCAACGUACAGGGACUUUUAAAAAUAAAAUCUGGUUUCCAGCUCCAAAGAAAAUGGUUUCCAGAUCUAAUGAAUGCUUCUGUUAAGAAGGGAGAGAUUUUUAAAGAAUUUAACUGGACAAUGGAGUAAACUAAUUGUAAGUACCGCAACCCUCUGCACUAUAUGUGAACACAUUUUUUACUUUCUGUUUAUUGCUGCAUCAACCAAAGACGUUACCUGGAAAUACAUUCAUUGUCCCCAGCAUAGCCUACCGGUGCAAUUCUUUUGUACUGUUGUGCUUUAUUUGUAACAGCUAGCGGGCUAGUUGCAUUUAUAUUAUCUUAAUACAUGUUUAUAUGAAAGUGACAUUAUUUAUUUGGACAUUUGCUGAAUAUCUGAACUACACAUUUAUGGAGUUUGUUUUUCCUAGACCUUUUGGUGGCAAAUUAAUUUGAAAAACAGAAAAGCUGAAACAUAUCACGUAGUUCUUACUAAACAGCUGGACUGUAUUAGAAUGAGUUUAGUUGGAGGAUUCCCACACCACCCGGUGGUACACCACGAUGGUUACUCUUUUGCCGCUGCAGCAGCAGCUAGUCGCUGCCACGAAGAAAACCCAUACUUCCAUGGGUGGCUCAUUAGUCACCCGGAGAUGUCUCCCCCAGAUUACAGUAUGGCACCGUCUUAUAGUCCCGAAUACGCCAACAGUGCUGUCGGGCUUGAUCACUCACACUAUGGGGGAGUCCCUGCUCCAGGAACAGUUGGGAUCGGGCCCCGUCCAGUGAAGCGCAGAGGUACGGCCAACCGCAAGGAAAGACGCAGGACUAUAAGCAUUAACAGCGCUUUCGCUGAGCUCCGGGAGUGCAUUCCAAAUGUGCCGGCUGACACAAAACUGUCCAAAAUCAAAACUCUUCGCUUGGCCACCAGCUAUAUCGCCUACCUCAUGGACCUACUUGCCAAAGACGAUCAGAACGGAGAGGCAGAGGCCUUCAAGGCAGAGUUCAAAAAGACAGAUAUGAAAGAAGAAAAGAGAAAGAAAGAACUGAAUGAGGUUUUGAAGGGUUCAACAAGCAACAACGACAAGAAAACGAAAGGAAGAACUGGCUGGCCACAGCAUGUCUGGGCUUUGGAACUCAAACAUUGAAGCUUUCCAUUUUAAAGACAUAAGAGAAAUGCUUCGAAUGCCUUUAAUAUAUACCCGAUAAACUAUAUUUUUCGGAACAAUUAUACUUAUUUAUGUGCAAUUUCCCGCCCUGAACGGAAAGGAUAUUUGAAGAACAGCAUUCAGUUUUUAAGUGGAGGAAACCGAUUUGGUAAUGGAUCGUGUCGUCUCCUAUGUUGUGAAUGUUUGUUUCGUUGCUUUAAAUGUACAAAAGAAAGGUAGAACAGUUUGGUAUGAUUGUUUGUGAAGUGUAAUUUGCAAAGUUGGCUCUUCGUUUGGAUAUACAUAUUGGUGGAGUGUUAUUGUUAUGUUACCAGAUGCAGUUCUAUUAUGUUUCAUUUGGAGAUGUUAAGUGUGAUGUUGUCAUUUUUGUGGUCGUCCAGUAUUUGAUGAUGUUUUCGAACAGCUGUUUAGUCUGUGCACUUCCGUCCAGAAAAGUGGAGUUUUAAUAAUAUUGGAGAUGUAAACAGUGUAAUUAAUUCAAUAAACCACUGUGUUUUUAUAAA